GGCCCGGCCGGGACCAGGCAGCGCCAGGCCCGCUGCCCAGGCGCCGCCCGGCCGCACAAUGGGGCGCGGGCCGUCCCCCAACGCCUCCGCGCCCGGCACCCGGCCCCGCUCCGGCGACUAGGCCCCGCCGCGCUCCGCUGCCCGGCCCUCGCGUAGCGGCGGCGCCGGGAAGGGACGGGCCGAGCUGGGCGCCGGCUGAGCAGCGGUAGCGGGGCGCGACGGGGCCGGGGGCCCGGGCCGGGCGGCACGGCGCCGCGGUGCCUCACCAUGUUGGUGUCCUCCGGACCUCUCCCCUCCUCCUCCGGCUCCGCAGCGAAUGGACGGCGGCGGCGGCGGCGGCGCCUCUCACGGGCUCGCCGGGCUCCCGCUCAUGCGCAGUGCGGCGGCCCGCGGAGCGGCCGGGCCGCGGGAGGCGGAGGGCGCGGGCCCCGGGGUGGGCGGCCUGGCCUGCCGGCAUCCGUGGCGCGAGCGGCCGGGCGACCCGGCCGCCCGGGCUGCGGACACACGCUGAGACCCGCGCGGCGGGCGGCCGCGGGCACAGUGAGGACGAAGCGCCGGGGCCCUGCCUGCGCCCCCACUCAGGGCGCCCUCGUCACGGCCGCGUCCUGUCCUCCGUGCGCUCCUAAUAGCUCCACGUCAGAGUUCCCGGGUCGGAUUUGUGUUGGGUGAGUACUCAUACCCGAAGCACAUCCUGGUUCAGAACACUUGCAUUUUCAGCCCAGGCACUCUCUGCAGGAACAGCCCUGCUGUGGUCAGCACGGGCCUGCUGUGGUCAGCCUGAAGCAGAAGCUGGACCAGCAUGGGGAAACCUGCCUAAGUUGCCAAGCCUGACUGACCUUGAACUCACCCCUGACUGGUCCUGACCUUGUACCUUUUUAUCUACAGUGGGCAAUAAUUCCAAAGGAAAAUAGUUUCAAAGAAAGUAUUUAGGACAAAAGGGAAGAGCUUCAAGAAUUAAGCUUCACAGGCACACACCUGUGAUCCCAGCACUUAGCCGAGUGGAGGCGCACACCUGUGAUCCCAGCACUCAGCCGAGCGGAGGCGCACACCUGUGAUCCCAGCACUCAGGAAGCAGAGGCAGGUGGAGCUCUGUGCGGAUGAGGCCAGCCUGCUCUACAGAGCUAGUUUAAGGAUAGCCAAGGCUAUACAGAGAACACCCAUCUGUUUGCUUAUAUUAUGAGGUGAUCAUUUUGAGGACAUAUCUAUACAGAAAUAAAUGCCAAUGAGAAAUCAAAAGGCAAAGCCCAGUGAGUUUAACAUGAAAAUCUAAGAACCUUUUAAUGUCGCAUAGGACAAAGGAGAACCUUUUCGUGUAAUUGAGCGAGGAACUGCCUGGGCUGGAUUCCUUGCGAGUGGGGUGUGGUGCAGCUUUUAACUGGCCA